AUGAAGGGUCGUCGCCGUCUGCUGGCCGCAGCUCGUCCGUAUCUGCAGAUAUUCUCCGUGUUCGCGCUGACGCCUCCGCCCAACUUCUUUGACAGGACCACAAAUAGGCGUCUGAGGCGGUUCUUGAUUGUGGGAUAUGGAGUUUAUUCGCUGUUUUUCCUUGGGAUUCUCAUAUGUAUGUCGUAUGUGAAUGUGUUGGCCUUGAACGCGGAAAUCGAACAGUUCAAGCUGGAAGAUUUUACCAGAGCCAUGGGCAGAGUGCAGAAGGUUGUGCUCGCCUCCAUGGGCAUUGUCAUUCAUCUGAACAUGCUCCUGAACUACCGUCGACUGGGCCACAUUUAUGAGGAUAUUGCAGAUCUGGAAAUGGAGAUUGAUGAUGCCUCCCAGUGCUUUGGCGGACAGCCGGGGCAUAACAGUUUUCGCUACCGUUUGGCCACCAAUUGUGGCCUGUGGCUCGUCGCGCUGGUCGGUUUGAUGCCCCGAUUCACUAUUGAGGCCAUGGGUCCGUUUGUGUCCUGGCCCAGCAAAAUUCUCUCUGAGCUGGUACUAAUAAUGUUGCAGCUGAAGUGCCUGGAGUAUUGCGUGUUCGUGGUGAUGGUUUAUGAGCUGGUGCUCCGCCUGCGUCACACUCUGAGGCAGCUGCAGGUGGAGCUGGCCGACUGCAAUCAGCGCGACAUGCUGCAGGCUCUGUGCGUGGCUUUGCGACGCAAUCAGCAGCUACUCGGCCGUGUCUGGCGAUUGGUGGGCGAACUGGAGAAGUACUUUACGCUGCCCAUGAUGUUUUUGUUCCUGUUCAACGGUCUUACCAUUCUGCACGUAGUUAACUGGGCUUAUAUCAACCAAUUCAAUCCGGCUGAUUGCUGUCGCUACGUGAGACUCGGCAACUGUGUUCUGCUGCUGAUCAAUCCUCUAGUGGCCUGCUAUCUCAGCCAGCGUUGCGUCAAUGCCUACAAUAGUUUUCCACGCAUUCUCCAUCAGAUUCGUUGCCUGUCUGUGGCAAACAAUUUUCCCGUACUAUCCAUGGGCCUGCGGGAAUACUGCCUGCAGCUGCAACACCUCCGACUGCUCUUUACCUGCGGAGGUUUCUUCGAUAUCAAUCUGAAGAACUUUGGCGGGCUGAUUGUCACCAUUCUGGGUUAUACAAUAAUUCUUGUGCAAUUCAAAUUUCAGGCCGUGGCGGAGGAAAAAGGUCGCUUCGAUCUCAAUAAUAGCAAAAGCUUUUAA